AUGAUCAACAAUAAGGGAAUCCAAUUCUCUAAGACAAGGACGGCGGGAAACAGUGUGAAGGUGUUUACCAACACACCCGCAGACUACCGGCAGUUAGUUACCCUGCUAGACAUCAGAGAAGAUCUAGUGAGCCAAGGGAUCGCAGACGCCGAGGUUCAACAGAUGAAGACCAGGAACACCAAGCAGCCGCUACCGCUCUUCCUCGUGAAGACGAGGAUGACGGAAAAGCUGCAGGAGGUUCUGAGGCUGGCCAUGCUCACGGUCAGCUUCGAGAAGAAACAGAGAUCGACCGAGUCCAGCCAAUGCUACCGCUGCCAGCGGUACGGGCACACGCAGCGAAACUGCCGUCUCGCUGAACGGUGCGUCAAGUGUGAUGAAAACGUCACUGAACUCCCGCUGAAAUACAAUACAAGGAUUGAAUUGUUCAUUUCUAGAUAUGGUUGUUCAAUUCAAUUUUACAUUCAUAUUUGUGCCCUAUGGUAUACUACGGUUUUCCGUAACUCUAUAAAAACGUAA